ACCUGGAAGAGAAGAGGACGAUGCCGUCAGCACUCCGAGUCAGCGUCAAGUUCUUGGAUGCAGCCCUCGACGACAUUCGUAAGCUUACUGCAGCACCUUGAUCAUGUGUGUCAACUCGGGGAUGAAUACGCUUUUGGUGCACUUUCUCCUCUUGUGCAGUCCACCCCACGGUGCAGACGGAGAGGGAGGCCGCUAAGCUCAGGGCGUUUCAUGCGUUCCUGAGCUUGACGCCACCCGAGCAGCCGCAGUUCCCCGUCGUGACGAAACCCAAGCUUGGCGCACAGACGGUCGAUGACGGCCACACAGCUGACGACGACCACGGCCAGACGGCCAAGGACGAGGUUGAGGGCGGGUCUAACUUAUCGGGAUGA